AAGGCGUAGUUUUAAAAUGCUUCAAAUUCAGUCUUCAAGGGACCCGAAAUACAGCGAAGUACAAAGAAGCAAAAGCAAUCUUUCUCUCUCCAUUUCUUUCUUCGAUUGCCUUUGUGAACAGUAAUUGCUUGAGGUUGAAACUUUUGGAGGUUUGUUCUGCUGAAGAAUGCUUGGAUUCUUAGGGUUUCACUUCCUCUGUUUUGAAGAUUGACUUCAUUUGAAUUGAGAAUUGCCGGAGCUUCGGUGUUUAAUGAAUCGGUGCAAGAGGAGGAAUCCGCCUUUCUGACCAAAUCAAUUGUGCCAUUGCCGGAUCCGCGUCUUGUUUAUAUAUUCUUCUCGUUGUUAAAGAAACAAACGACAAAAAUAAAUUUCAUAUCUGGAGAUAUGGGAUGCCUAGUAUCAAAGCCGGCAGAUUCUGGUGGAAACAGGCGGAGGCCGGGAAACAUUGGGGAACUUUCUGUCUAUGUUCCUGGUCUGCGCAUUCCUAAACCAGUAGAUUUCUCUCUGACACUUGGUGAUCAUCUAUCCAAAAAUCUAGUUGAACGUUUAUCAGCUCUGAGAACUCGUAUAGUUGUAAUGGCUGGCCAGGAAGGUCCAACAAUUACUAGAACGCGGAGAAAAACUGCUACUCAACAUGGUGGUUCAACAUUAGCUGAUCUUCAGCAGGCUCUUGAAGAUUAUUUGCCCGUUCUUUUGGGAUUAGUUAAAGAUGGAAACCAGCUUCAACACAAAGUACAAUUUGCAUGGAUUAAUCAGGAGGAUGAUUUGGAGGUUGAAACUGCCAUGUCCAACGCUUGGUAUGAGGUGUUAUCAGUUUUGCACUUGAUGGCAAUGCUAUCUUUAUCACAGGCCAACCUAUUACUUCUUCCUAGAACAUCUCCUGAUGGUUAUCAACCAAAAGUAUCAGAAGAGAGUAGGCGAGCUUCAAUUGACAUAUUUGUAAAGGCUGCAGGAUAUUUGGAUUGUGCGGUUAGACAUGUGCUUCCUCAGUUGCCUGCUGAAUUCAGGAGAAAUCUACCGGUGGACCUUGCUGAAGGAGUUCUUCGAGGACUUUGCCUGCAUGCACUUGGGCAGGGAGUUGAUAUUCAGUUAGGAAUGGCUAUUGAUAGCACCAAAGCAACUCUUGCUGUGAAGCGAAGGCUUUCAUGUGAGAUGGUAAAAUAUUGGCAGCAAGCCCAAGAUAACAUUAUGAACCAACCCUUAUCAAAUGGUUGGGGAGAGAAGCACCGCCUCUUUGUUAAAUGGAAAUACAUUGAAGCAAAGGCUGUAGCAUAUUAUUAUCAUGGAUUGAUACUUGACGAGGGAAACACAGAGAAAGCCCAUGGGAUGGCUGUAGCCGCAUUGCAAGCCGCGGAUGAAUUCUUUAAAGAAAGUAAAAAGGCAUGUGACGCAUUUAACUCCGCUUCUCCAUUAUCAAGAAAUCCGCCACUUUUUGGAACCAUGAAGUAUCUAUCAGAAAAGAUUCCAAAAGAUGCUUCAAGUAAAGUACGGAUAAACCGCGACUUGUACUCUUUCCAAAAAAUCGUUGAAACUGCACCAACGUUGCCCGAUUUUGCCCUUGCCCUGAAGCCAGAUGAAUUCCAGCUUCCUGCGGUGGAUCCCUCAUUCCAUGAGGAGAAUAUAAACAGAGGACAAAUUGCCACUAAACAAUUAAGGGGAGAUCAAAGAUAAGAUAUUGUGCACACGUUUAUACAGGACUGAACCGAAGUGAUGCUCAAAACGGUGUGUAAUUCCAAGGGAAGGCUCGUCAUUCUUCAAUUGUGUGUAUCCAUAAGUCCUGUCUUUAAGUUCCCCUUUUCCAUUUUUUACUUAAUAAAUUCAUGUUUAGUUUGUAUCU